ACCACCAAUUGGAUCUUCAUCUUUGGCUAUACAGACACAUCACAUACUCAUAUACUGUUGUGAGCUGCUCCCGAUCUGUAUAAGUACUUGGUUGGGACAGUUCAUGAUGGAGAAUGAGGCUGAAGUGCGAGUACCACCAAGGAAUGCAAUGAAGUCUAAGGCUAGAAAAAGACGACGUAUGAACGAGAGGCAUUCAAUCGUCUCGCUUGAUAUCAAUGAGGCUGGCUUUCAAGGUCAGAAGAUCAUAUGGUCGAUUAGAGAUGGCAAUGGGUACCCGUUUGCGGGUACCCGGUACCCGUUUGCAGGUACCUGUUCUUCAGAGCGGGUACCCGCCCGCGGGUGCUGGGUGCGGGUGCGGGUUGAAUAUCAAUCAUACAUUUGGUACCCGCAGGUACCCGGUGCAGGUACCCGGGUACCCGCCCCUGGCGGCCCUAGCAGGUGCGGGUGCGGGUGCGGGUGUCAAAAAUAUUGGAUUUUUGAGGCAGGUACCCGCACCCGCUACAGGUACCCGGGUAUCGAGCGCCAUCUCUAUGGUCGAUGCGAACUUAUCAAAAACUUCAUUUGUACCCCCAAAUCCAUUCCGAAAAGAAAAAGCCGGCACGCCACCCAUCUAAAACAGAAAUCAAUGAAGCUCAGAAGACAGCAGAUAAAUUUCAUUGUUUCCAUCAUGCUUACACCACAAGAGAAAGCCGAUAUCAACAUCGUGACAACUUUUCUGCACAAAUCUAGAAAGUUUGUCAAUCCAAUUGCGCUGGCUCGUACGUGGGGUGGUAAGAUGUGGGGUGUUGGGUGGCGGAAAUGCAUGAAAGCUCUUGAGCUUUUUGGACGGUACAUCAAGUUGCAAAUUGCUCGGGCCUUCCCAAACGAGUAUUUUUCCCUUGCUGCUCAAUCAGUUCGCGUUUCAAGUAUCCUCGGCGAAAUGUUCAAAAGCCUGGGCCACAUCCCAUUUGAAUCAAACCGACAAUUGAUGCAAGAAAACGAAAUCCCAUCAUUUGCAUCUGGCGAAUUCAAUACUCAACUCUCCCAGCUUGACUGUGCACCCCACAUAACCUUCACUUCAAAUGGCUUCUACAAUCGACCUCAUCGUGACAAAGGGGACGCUUCCGAAUUUGCCUUUGGACUCUUUGUUCCCACAAAAACAUCUGAUGGAACCCUAGUCGACCCCAUUGUGGACGCCUCACUCAUCAAAGAUUCCACUGGCGGUCGAUUCGUUUUCCCCGACUAUCAGUUUUGUAUCAAAUUCAAACCGGAUGUUGUUGUCAAGGUCGUUUGGGCCGCCAAGCGAUGCAAGCAUUGUACACUCCCAGGAAUUGAAGCUAAGGGAUUCACUCGUGUAGGAAUGUCCCUUCAAAUUACUAAGAAAUCUUUGAGCAUAUGCCAGGCGAUCAAGAGUGGAUUAAUAUAUUUGAGAAAGAGUUAUCUUGACAAAAAAAAACUUUAUUUUGGUGGACAUCGAAACUACAUGGGAAAGAGUAGCAAAUAGUAUUGCCCUUCCGACUCUUGUCUUAUGGUUUUUCUCCCCCAAAUAUAACUAUAACCUAAUGUUGCUGUCUCAUCUUG